AUGCCUUUAUAUUUAAUUUGGUAUAUUUAUGAUUUUAAUACACCAAGAAAUGGAUCAAGAGUAUCAUAUAACUUUCGUAAUUCAAGAAUAUGGAAAUAUUUAGCAGAUUAUUUUCCUAUUAAAUUAAUAAAAACUAGUGAAUUGAAUCCUGAAAAAAAUUAUAUUAUUGGUUGUCAUCCACAUGGUAUCUUAUCUAUAGGAUCUUUUGUUACUCUAUGUACAAAUGGUACUAAUUUUAUGACAAUGUUUCCUGGAAUAAAAUCAUAUUUGAUGACAUUACAUGCUCAAUUUUUUCUUCCAUUUAGACGAGAAAUUGGAAUAGCACUAGGAGGUAUCGAGGCCAGUCCAACAUCUCUUAAAUAUCUUCUAACAAAAUGUGGUAAAGGAAAUGUUGUUGGAAUAGUUUUGGGUGGUGUUCAUGAAUUAUAUGAUGCGCAUCCAAAAACAAAUGUUUUAAAAAUAGGUAAUAGAAGGGGGUUUUGUAAAUAUGCUUUAAAAUAUGGAGCUGAUAUUGUACCAAUGUAUAAUUUUGGUGAAAAUGAUGUAUAUGAACAAAUUCCAAAUGAAAGAACAUCAUUUAUUCGUCAAAUUCAAAUGAAAAUUUGUCAUAAGUUUGGAUUUAUUCCACCAAUUAUACGUGGUAGAGGUAUAUUUAAUUAUUCUUUUGGUAUGCUCCCUCAUCAAAACCCCAUUUAUUGUGUUAUGGGUAAACCUAUAGAAGUAAUACAAAAUGACACACCUACAGAAGCGGAAAUAGAAGAGCUCUAUCAAAAGUACAUAGAUUGUCUUAAAAAAUUGUUUAAUAAUUAUAAAUGUGCUUAUGGUUUAUCAGAAGAUGCAGUUUUAGAUAUUUAUUAA